AAGUGUUUCCUGGCAGCCUAUGCUUCCACUACUGCAGCCUCCGCCGUUGGACGUUCUUGAUUUAUAGAGUAUUGUUUUCCAAAGUUUAAAUGAAGAAAUUCUAAAUUCAGAUACCCAUAUAUGAUAAUCUUGAGCUAAGAUUCCAUGUCUGCAAAUCUUUCUUUCUGCGCUCUAUCAAACACCCUCAACUUUCCGUAUAAUCCCGUCUUCAACCGCAAACCAAUUCUCCAUUUCUUGUUUCCAAAAGCUAAAAUCAUUGCCAGCUCGAGGCUGGAUCACCGCGAUGGCAUUGAGCCUAAAAAACAAGAAACUAAUCAUUCGAAUUCAGCUAUCAAAGCACCCACGGCUCCGUGGAUGAAGGGUCCGCUUCUCGUGGAACCCAAUCAGGUCUUGCACUUCUCGAAACGAAGAAGGAGGAGGAAAGACUCCACCUUUAUCGAAAACGAAACCCCUGAUAAGGCAUUGACGAGUAAGGUGAGUGGAGGAAGAGGCAAGAAAGCGAUGAACAAGAUUUUUCACCGCAUUGAGAAGCUUCAAGAAAUUGUUGACUUGGAAGAAGAGAGUUGGGAAACUGAGGAAAAGGAAAAGUUCAAAUUUACACCCGGAGCUUUGUGGGGAGAUAAAGAUUCAGACUUGGAGGAGAUUGGUGAAGGGCUUAAAUUUGGAAAAGGGAUUAGGAGAAUGCCGUGGCAGAAAGAGGAGGAGGGGAUUGUGAUUAAGAGAAUGAACACAGAAAAGGCGAUGACGGCUGCUGAGGCGAUUCUUGAUCGAGAGUUUCUUGAGAGGUUGAGGGAUAAGUCUGCGAGGAUGAGAAAAUGGGUGAAGGUUAACAAGGCUGGAGUGACUCAAGAUGUUGUUAAUCAAGUCCGCUUGAUUUGGAGGACCGAUGAACUUGCCAUGCUCAAGUUUGAUGUGCCUUUAUGUCGAAACAUGGCUAGGGCUCGCGAAAUUGUUGAGAUGAAAACUGGGGGUCUUGUUGUGUGGAGUAAGGAAGAUGCUCUGGUUGUUUAUAGAGGGCACAAUUAUCAGCUAGGGUUUAAUGCUUCGCCAAAGAAACGUCGAAAUCUUGUUGAUGAUGGACCGAAUUCUUCAUUGAGUGGUGGUGGUGAAGAGGAGAGUGUAUCAAUUGAUGGAUCACUCUAUGAAAGAGAAGCUGACAGAUUGUUGGAUGGUUUAGGACCUCGUUUUGUUGACUGGUGGUAUCCAAAGCCUUUGCCAGUGGAUGCUGAUUUGCUUCCGGAAGUGGUUCCUGGAUUCAGGCCACCACUUAGGCGUUGCCCGCCAGAUGUUAGAUCACAGCUGACGGAUCAUGAGCUAACAUACUUGAGGAAGCUUGCUCGUCCUUUGCCAACUCAUUUUGUGCUCGGGAGAAAUAGAAAACUCCAAGGAUUGGCUGAAGCAGUGCUUAAAUUGUGGGAGAAAUGUCAUAUAGCAAAAAUUGCUUUGAAAUGGGGAGUCCCAAACACAGACAAUGAGCAAAUGGCAAGCGAACUCAAGAGACUCACUGGAGGAAUUAUUCUAUUACGUAAUAAAUUCCUUAUAAUCCUAUAUCGAGGGAAGGACUUUCUUCCUUCUCAAGUGGCAACGCUAGUGGCAGAGAGAGAAGCAUUACUUAUGAGACAUCAAUUUCAUGAAGAAUCUGCUCGGCUAGAAACAACUGAAAUCUUUUCUGCAACAUAUGAAACUUCAGUGAACUCUGACAUACUUGGAACUUUGUCAGAAUUCCAGCUUUUCACAGAUUAUGCAAAACAGGAAGUUAGAAAUGAUGAAGUGAAGAUUCAAAUGGAGACACAAAAGGCUAGAUUGGAAAAAGAACUGAGAAAUCAAGAGUGGAAGCUUUUCAUGCUCAAAAAGAAGAUAGAAACAUCAGUGAAGGUAUUAGAAAAGUUGGAUUCUGCAUGGGAACCUUCAGAGCAGGAUGAAGAUAAGGAAAUAAUAACAGAAGAGGAAAAAGAGUGCCUGCGAAGUAUAGGAUUAAAGAUGGAUGGAAGUUUGGUCCUUGGAAGGCGUGGUGUUUAUGGUGGUGUAAUUGAAGGUUUGCAUCAGCACUGGAAGCACAGGGAAGUUGCAAAAGUUAUCACAAUGCAGAAAACAUUUUCACAAGUUCUUCAAACUGCACAGUUUCUUGAGGUAGAAAGUGGUGGGAUUCUGGUUUCUAUAGACAAACUUAAAGAAGGCCAUGCUAUAAUAUUGUAUCGUGGGAAAAACUAUAAACGUCCAAAGUUGGCACCUCAAAAUCUUCUUACUAAAAGAGAAGCAUUGUUCAAGUCACUUGAAAUGCAGAGACUUGGAUCAUUGAAGUUUUAUGCAAAUCAAAAAGAGCAAGCUAUCUUGGAUUUAAAGCGCAAACUGAAAGAGUGCACUUGAUGGUUUGCCGAGUUCCCCACAGAUAAGAAUAAUGUCCUGACAUCAACACGUCUCAGUGAAGUGGUUGCGGGCAGAGUUGUAUGUACCUCCAGGGUUCACAUCAGAUUUUCAUCAGUGGAUCAGUGGAUGUGGAACAAUUAGUGAAAUUGGAAUCUGCGUUUUGGCAAUUGUACAUAUUAGAGAGCAGUACCGGAUUUGGAGAAGAUCAGGAGAAGAGCAUGGUAAUAUUCCUAAAUUAGCAGUACAUAUGACUGAAAAGGAAGCUGUGAAAUGGUCAGACUGUGUAUACCUUAUCUGGCAGGUGAUUUUUCUUGGAAAUGAAGCUUUCUUGUGGCUUGGUUUUUCAUUUGGGUAGCAGUAUGUAGAAGCAGUGCUUCAAACUUGUGCAUUUUCUUCAAUUAACCUCUUGUGUUGCUUGAAUCUCUAAACCAAUUCAAGGAGUGCAAAAGAUGAAGUCGUUUCGAGUCACUCACUUCAGUUCAUUUUUAAAGGGAGAACUGAAGAAACAUGAAGCCUGUUUAAAAGCACGGUUACAAUUUGGAUUGGUUUUCUAUGAUGCUUUGAAGCCUAAAAUUAUUGUAGCAGAGUGGCCACCCUAUCUGCAAUGAUUAGGAGAAAACAACAGGAAGGAAGACCCUUUCUUGCAUCAAAUUUCUGUGGUAACUGAUGAUGUAGAGAACAGCUGAGGGAACUCGGUUGGGGGACAGAAAACCGGUUUGGGUGGAGUCUUCAAGGAGGUAAUGCUUCCCUCCAACAUCUCCACCACUCUUCUUAUGGAAGGGCGGUCUGCUGGAUUUGUUUGGAUGCACCACAAACUAACCAGUAUCAUCUUCAUUGCCAUUUCUUUAUCCUCCUCAUUUGUGAUGCCUUGAAGACUGAAAUCGAAUCCUUGCUCCAGAUGCUCGUAUAUCCAAUCCAGGAAACACGAGUCACUAGUCUGAUCCGUGUCUGCUUUCUCCCUUACUCCUACCAUGUCAAUAACAGUCAUGCCAUAACUAUAAACAUCAGAUUUGUGGGAGACACUUCCAAUGCUUCUGCAGAAAACUUCUGGAGCAAUGUAUCCUACUGUUCCUCUAGCACCAUACACCGAUAAAGACACAACGCUCUCCUUUUUCUUGCACAGUUUUGCCAGGCCGAAAUCAGAGAUUUUGGGGGUGAAAUCCGUGUCCAAAAGAAUGUUGUUAGGUUUAAUGUCAAAGUGCAUGAUUCUUGUGUUACAACCACCAUGCAAAUAUUCUAGUCCUCGGGCAAUGCCAAUUGCAAUCUGGUACAACGUCUUCCACUCCAACUGACAACUCUUAUCCGGUGAUUCCUUGUUGUCUAUGUACUUGUCUAAUGAUCCAUUCGGCAUGAAUUCAUAUAUCAAUGCUCUUUUCCUCUGAUAAGAGAAUCCUACAAGAGUAACUAUGUUCAUGUGGGAAGUUCGACAAAUGCUAGCAACUUCAUUGAUGAAAUCUUCUCCAUUACCCUUCGUGUUGGUCAAUAGCUUCACAGCUACUGGGCAUCCAUCAGUUGAAGAGGUUAAAGGCCAAGGAUGUUGUGGAUAGAUAUUGCGGUGACUGUUAGUGCUGCAUUGCUGAUAUUGAAGAUUAUUUCUAUGUUCUUGAUUGGAUAGUUAUGCAUGGGGCUAGGGCGCCAUUACAGCAAUCUAGUUGAAGGUCAGGAUAAUUGCAGCAGCAGAAGAGAGGGCUAUGACAAAAGUGACAUAAGAAUAUGAAGCUUGUAAUGGCAGUGAAGAAAAGUUUGAGAGGAACAUUAGAAUGCAUCUUUCAGGGGCAAGAAGAAACAAGAUUUGACCUGCCUCAAAUGUUGAAAUGUACUUGAAGAUGAAACUUUAAAUAUCAGAGAGCUGAAAUUUCUUGAAACCUGAGUUUUUUUGUGACGAGGAAAAUUCACAGUCACUACCUCUGGGUGUGUAUUGGGUAAAAUUUGUAUUGUGAUCUUAGUCGACAAAGGACUUGGGAGUAAAACUUGCAAUCUUAUAGUUACCAAGCCAACAGUUUAAUUAACUUGGCUGAGUUGCCCCA